AUGGCUGAAACGCUCAAUCGUUUAUGCUGCUAUGUUAUUCGAGAUGACUUUGGGCCAAUCGUCGAACAAGUCGCAAAAGUUCUUUUACAAAAAGGCCGACUUACUUUACCAGUAAUCGCCAAACUAUCAAAAUUUGCCUUAGCAAAGACUCGAGAAU